CUUGGUUUUUCGAUUGCAUGUAACACCUCAGCAUCAGUCUGCACAAGCCCAGGGAGCCCGGGAGCAACGACGGGCAGGCUCAAGGGAAGGCCCCAGCACGUCCUUUUGGGGGGUCUUGAAUGGCAACUGAUACAUAAUAAGACACAAUCUAUUCUGCUGAUUCACAAUUAUGGAGACUGUGUAACUGAAGAUAGAAAACAGGCCUAAAAAUAAGCCCUGGAAGGAAGAAGGGACUUGCCUACGUUUGGCUUUGAGCAGGUCCCGGCAGACGCUUUGUGAUUGCUCUGAUUGGAUGCUGAGGAGCCCACUGUUCCCAAGGUCCACACAUGAAGUCACCGUAAAGAAGGUGGCUCCCGCUUUGUAAAGACCUCAUCGCCGCGAGGUGAGGCUAAGAUGAGCAUAACCAGUGACGAGGUGAACUUUCUGGUGUAUCGAUAUCUCCAGGAGUCAGGUUUUUCCCACUCGGCGUUCACGUUCGGUAUCGAGAGCCACAUCAGCCAGUCCAACAUCAACGGGACGCUAGUGCCGCCGGCUGCCCUCAUCUCCAUCCUCCAGAAGGGACUGCAGUAUGUGGAGGCCGAGAUCAGCAUCAACGAGGAUGGCACGGUCUUUGACGGCCGCCCCAUAGAGUCGCUGUCCCUGAUCGAUGCUGUGAUGCCCGACGUGGUGCAGACGCGGCAGCAGGCCUUCCGAGAGAAACUUGCUCAGCAGCAGGCCAGCGCGGCGGCAGCAGCGGCAGCGGCAGCAGCCACGGCGGCGACAGCAGCCACGGCAACCCCAGCAGCUGUUUCCCAGCAAAAUCCACCAAAGAACGGAGAGGCCACGGUGAACGGGGAGGAGAACGGAGCACACGCAAUAAAUAAUCACUCAAAACCAAUGGAAAUAGACGGGGAUGUUGAGAUUCCACCCAACAAAGCCACAGUCCUGCGGGGCCAUGAGUCUGAGGUGUUCAUCUGUGCCUGGAACCCUGUCAGUGAUCUCUUAGCUUCUGGAUCCGGAGAUUCGACUGCAAGGAUAUGGAACCUUAACGAAAACAGCAAUGGGGGCUCCACGCAGCUCGUGUUGAGGCACUGUAUACGAGAAGGCGGACACGAUGUCCCGAGUAAUAAAGAUGUGACCUCGCUGGACUGGAACAGCGAUGGCACACUGCUGGCCACUGGUUCAUACGAUGGUUUUGCAAGAAUAUGGACGGAAGAUGGUAACCUGGCAAGCACCUUAGGCCAACAUAAAGGCCCCAUCUUUGCCUUGAAAUGGAACAAAAAGGGGAAUUACAUCUUGAGUGCUGGUGUAGACAAAACAACAAUAAUUUGGGACGCCCACACAGGAGAAGCCAAACAACAAUUUCCAUUUCAUUCUGCCCCUGCUCUUGAUGUAGACUGGCAGAACAACACUACCUUUGCCUCCUGUAGCACAGACAUGUGCAUUCAUGUUUGCAGACUCGGCUGUGACCGCCCAGUCAAAACUUUCCAAGGACACACAAACGAGGUCAAUGCCAUCAAAUGGGAUCCUUCUGGAAUGCUGCUAGCAUCCUGCUCUGAUGAUAUGACAUUAAAGAUCUGGAGUAUGAAGCAGGAUACGUGUGUCCAUGACCUUCAGGCUCACAGCAAAGAGAUAUACACCAUAAAAUGGAGUCCCACUGGGCCAGCUACCAGCAACCCCAACUCCAACAUCAUGCUAGCAAGUGCUUCGUUUGACUCGACGGUGCGACUCUGGGAUGUCGAGCGUGGCGUCUGCAUCCACACGCUGACCAAGCAUCAGGAACCUGUCUAUAGCGUAGCUUUUAGCCCUGACGGGAAGUAUCUGGCCAGUGGCUCCUUUGACAAGUGCGUGCAUAUCUGGAAUACUCAGAGUGGAAGUCUCGUCCACAGCUACCGAGGCACUGGCGGCAUCUUUGAGGUGUGCUGGAACGCUCGAGGAGACAAAGUGGGCGCCAGUGCGUCCGACGGCUCUGUGUGUGUUUUAGAUCUGCGAAAGUAAACACAAAAUAUUAUAGA